AUGGGGAACAGGUCGACACUGGUUGGUAUGGAAGUCCCAAUCAGUGGCAGCUGCGAUCCCGUCAAAUGGCUCGACCUCUCUGUUCCUCACUCUGAUUCACACAGCAAUGGUGUCUCUUCUGGUUCUUCACCGCCACUUCCGUUGGCUCAAUUUCCUCCACUCACUGACGACUGCGCCUCCUGCUGUCUCGUCGGAGAUCCUCCUCUCUAUUUCAUCUGGAGGAUACAUAAGGCGCAGCCAAACGUCCUAGAGUUGCUUGAGCUCUCUGCGCAGUCAGAGUUCCCCAAGAUUGGACUGCGUAUCACUUUUCCUGAUCCGCUUUCUCCUUUUGCUCAUAUCCACCAAAACCAGGAUUCGACUCUUACCAACCCAUAUACACUCUAUAUAUUGAGUGUCUCCGGAGUUGCGUACCUUAUCAAACUCAGAACAGUUCCUGCUUACUCAUCCAUAUCUAUUUUCCCAAAGGAUGAGCUGUUUGAGUUUGAUCUGACUGGUUGUUCCGUCGAUGCGCCGAUAACAAGUGUAGCCGCAUCUGCUGAAUGUCUUGUAGUUGGGCGAAAAGAUGGCUCUGCAGCUUGCUAUCGCUUUACCUUACCGAACCAUGCUGUUCCAGGUUUUGCGAAUGAGCUGCGCGAUAAUUCAUGGAUUAGCCGUUUAUGGGGUUCCAUUUCCAGGCCUAGGGCUGUAGGAUCUGUGCUGGACUUGGUGAUCAGGAAAUUGUAUAAAAUGCCAUUUUUAUUUGUGCUUCAUGUGGAUGGGGUGAUCCAGAUCUGGGAUCUGUUAAGGCACAAGAAGGUUUACAAUCGAGGCAUGAAUGUUCAAAUUUUUGAAGGCAAGACCCGUGACAAUCACUUGAAUUUUUUUUUUGUACCCUUACCUUUCAGACUAUUAGUGUCAACUAGCUAUUCAUUUAAUCAUAUUAUCUGGAAUUCUAUGGACCGUCAAACAAAACAAUGA